AUGCCGUUGAACAAAUAUAUUCAAGAUGGAGACAAUCAAGAUUUGACUGACGAGAGAUUCAAAGCAACGUUUGACACGGAUGCUCUGGGAGCUGUGUUUCAUGGAGGAGAGGACGCGUUGAAAAGAGUUCGUGAGAUCCGAGAUGAACUCACUAAAAGAGGUCACUUGUUUGAUGCACUGCCAGCUGCUCAUAGAACUAGAGCUGAGAGAAUGGAAGAUGUCAGCAGAAAGCUGAAAAACUUGAUGGAAAACGUCAGCGAAUUCGCUGAUUUCAGCAACAAUCUGGACAUGUUGGCCAUCAUUCGAGAUGUUAUGGGAAUCGAAGGAUUUCCAUUGGCUCUUCAUAACUUGAUGUUUGUUCCAACAAUUCAAAAUCAAGCUGAUGAUGAACAGACUGAGUGGUGGUUGAUGGAUGCUCUUCAAGGAAAAAUAAUUGGAACUUAUGCUCAAACGGAACUCGGACACGGAACCAAUCUGAGCGCAAUCGAGACAACUGCGACUUAUGACAAAUCAAUGGAAGAAUUCAUUAUCCACACCCCAACAACCACUGCUACGAAAUGGUGGCCAGGAGGUCUCGGAACAAGUUGUACCCAUGUUAUUCUCGUUGCCAAUUUGAUAAUUGAUUCCAAGAAUUACGGACUUCAUCCAUUCUUUGUCCCAAUCCGAGAUCGUAAUUCAUAUUCCCAAAUGUCAGGAGUCCGAGUUGGAGAUAUCGGAACAAAAAUGGGAGUGAACUGUGUGGAUAAUGGGUUUUUGGCUUUCGACAACUACCGUAUCCCACGUCGUAACAUGCUCAUGAAGCACAGUAAAGUAUCAAAAGAAGGUGUAUAUACUGCUCCAUCUCAUCCAAAAGUUGGAUACACCACAAUGUUGUACAUGAGAUCUGAAAUGUUGACUCAUCAAUCAUAUUAUCUUGCUAUGGCCAUGGCUAUUUCAAUCAGAUAUUCAGCUGUUCGUAGACAAGGAGAAAUCAAACCAGGAACUCAAGAAGUCCAGAUUCUCGACUAUCAGACUCAACAAUAUCGUCUCUUCCCAGGACUUGCUCGCUGUUUUGCAUUUGUGACGGCUGCUGCUACAGUCCGUCAAAUGACUGAAAGUUGUAUCAAGGAGUUGUCUCAUGGAAAUUCGGAUGUGUUGGCUGAUCUUCAUGCACUGUCUUGUGGACUCAAGGCAGUUGUCACACAUCAAUCAUCUCAAUCAAUUGAUCAAGCAAGACAAGCAUGUGGAGGUCACGGAUAUUCUGAUGCCAGUUAUUUGCCAACUCUUUACACUUGCUCUGUCGGUGCAUGUACAUACGAAGGAGAGAAUAUGGUAAUGCUUCUGCAGCUGUCCAAGUAUCUAAUGAAAGCCGCCGCGAAGGCAGAGGCAGGAGCAGAAAUGGCACCCCUAGUUGCAUAUCUUGCUGUAUCGGAUCCGAUUGAAAAUGGAGAUAAGUUUGGAAAGCUCCUCAACCAUUUCGAACAUAUCGCUCGUCAUCGUGUUAUGCACGCCUAUCAUCAAAUGAUUGAAGAAGAGAAACAUGGAAUCGAGAGAGAUUACGCCUUCGCAAAUCAUUCGGUCGACUGGACCAAGGCUGCUCGAGCACACACAAAGUUGUUUAUGGCAAGAGGAUUCGUGAAGAAAGUGCAGGAAAUUCAAAAUGAAGCGGUGCAUGAUGUAUUGAACACUCUGGCGGAACUCUAUCUUUCAUAUGAACUCAUUGAAAUGUCUUCUGAUUUGACAGCUAACGGAUAUCUGUCUGAAAUUGAAGUCCAGACUAUCAGACACCAAAUCUAUGACUGCAUGAGAAAGAUCCGCCCGAAUGCGGUUUCAAUCGUCGACUCUUUCGAUAUUUGUGAUCGAGAACUUCGCUCUGUUCUUGGUCGCCGUGACGGACACGUGUAUGAGAAUCUGUACAAAUGGGCUCAAAUGAGUCCACUCAACCAGAAGAAUCUUCCUCAUGUUGAGAAAUAUUUGAAGCCAAUGACUAGCAAACUAUAA